AUGAUCAUAUCUGUGAUGUUGUUCUUGCUGCUCUUGCCCAACUGUGUCUCUGGCCUGGCUGCCCUCCGUGAUGAUAGAUGCACGUACGAUACUACUGUGUGGAAGAACAUGAGGAAUAAAACUAUUUAUACACCUUCGUCUGUUUCUAUUGUACGGGAAUUACCUCAAAGUGGUAAGAGUAGUGUUUCCCUCUACACAACAACAACAGCAACAACUACUACUACUAAUACAGCAGUAAAAAGCGAAGAGGAGGGUUGGAUGCCUAUUCGUAUUCAUGUCUCUUCUGAGGAAUUGGAUAGAGCGAUGAGGCGCUGCAGUAGUGGAGUGAUUGGUUCUUUGCAUAGACACUCUCCAUCAUGCCGUGAUGGAAAUGUAGUCACACCACAGAAACGAGACAUUCUGUUGAAUGAACUCCUUCCUGCAGCUAUUACACUGCACAGUGAGCGUCUUCUUGUGGUGCGAUCACGGUUUAAUUUG